GAACACGAAGAGCUUCCCUCCUCGUCCGACGUCAACGUUCCGUGACACGAAAUCAAAAGAUUAUUUGUACUUUCAACACCUCCGACGAAACUAGAUUACGCAGCCAUUUCAAAACACUCGCUAUUAUUCAAUUAAUCCCCCACGAAAAAUGACAGUACUCCUCGCAACUUCUUGACCGCCGAACCAUUCAUAGCUUUUGUGGGGAGCUUCCAGACGAAACGAUAUCAUGAACUCACUCUGGCCAUCCCGUGCCUCGAGCGCUGCGAAUGACGCAUCCAAGAAAGGAAAAGAAGCAUCGCAGCCACCUGCAGCUGAGCCACCAGCUCAGAAAACAGGAGUCGACCAAGAUGGCACGGUCGAUGCCAGCGCUGCUGGCCCCGCCAACACAUCAAAACCACCCCCUCCUCCUCCCACAUCCCUGGCCAAACGCCCCCUCCUCGUCCGUAACCAACAGCCCUCAGCACCUUCCAUUCCCCCAGCUGUCCCCUCUGUCCCCGCACCACCGAUUCCAAACACAGCUAACAGCAACGAGACCAAUGAUGCCUCUCAACCGCAGCAGCAGCAGGGUCAACAAUCCCAGCAGCAGCAACAACAAAAUGUCUCACCAAACGACUCCCUUUCGUUGGCACAACUUAGACGAAUUGUGAACGACUUCCCCAACAGAGAACCGAUAGCCUACGACUACGAAUACACCGACAUGGGCCCCCUCGAGGAGGAAAUCGACGAGUGGUUCAUGUAUAAUUUCUGGCAGUGGGUUAGGUUGAACGCUGCGAACAGGGCUUUUCACACGGCGUGGGGGAAGUACUUUGCCUCGCCCGAGUCUUCACCUACAGAAAGCCAGGCUCAGCCCCCGCCGGGAUGGGAUGAGGUGGAUGUUUCGAAACGAAAGGAGUUUAUCACGAGUAUUUUGGGGCAUAUCAAGCCGUUGAGCGAUGAUCAAGACGAUAGGAUGGUCAGAGGGGAGGCGAUUGGGGCGGUGGUGUAUCUUGUUCUGGGGCGGUGGACGGAGACGGUGACUGUUAGGAAGGUGGGGAUGCUGAAUGGGGUUGUGGAGGGGAAGUGCAAGAGUGCGGCUACGAAGGUGCAGUUGGAUGCUAUGAAGGAGGGGGUGAGGGUGUUGGCGGAGUGUGGAGGGGUGGAGGUGAUGUGGGAUGCGCUGAGAGGGGCCUUUGAGCCGUUUUGGGCGGAUGAGCCGCCGCAGAGUUUGCAGAUGCAGGCGGAGGAGCUGAUUCAUUUGAUGACGGUCAUGUAUGUCGUUAUUCAGGUCACUCUGGAGGAUUCGGAAGGGAUGGAGGAGGUCAGGCCGAGGUUGCUUGCCUUGAACCCCAACCUGGUGGACUUUCUCAUGCUGGCGACGGCAAAGCUGAGGUGGGAUGAGGCUGGGAUUUUGCCACAGACUCAGAUCUUCCUCUUGUUUUGGAAGUCAAUAUUGCUGGUGUUUGGUGGUAUGAAGGAGCUUGCAGAGACGAAGAAGGCGACAAGCGAGAGGGAGAUCAACGAAAAAGACAUGGAACUGAUUACGGCCUCGCCGUUGGACUACCACGUAUUCCGACAGGAGAUUACAUCAAAAUACCCAGCAUACGUCCCGCCUCAGCCAGCAAUUCCAUUGGAAGCAGAGCACACAUCAUUACUACCUCACUUACCCAGUCACCCACCCCGAAACACCGCCCAAACUGGGAUUAUCUCCGGUCCUCCUAACCAGACGGGAGGAGGAUCGAUCCUUAACCAGCCCGUUCAUAUUGCGACACCAGCGCCAUCACCACCCCCGAGCCCGGCAGCCGGUGGUAAGGGCGCAAAGAAACAAAACUACCAAACCAACCAGAAUUUCCCUUUCAUGUACCCACCGCUUGACGCGACUAGUAACAGCGCAGGUGGGAAAGGAGGAGCAGGGCUCCAGGAUCUGCUGGUGGGGAGGAAGUGGGAAGGCAGCGAUGUGCCAGCCUCGAUCAUGGAAGCAGGAGAACUCUUCUCUAGGAGAGUGCGUAUGACGCGGGCUACUCGGCAACUGUGGGACGAGAGAGAGAAGUUUCUGAAAGAGGGCAGGGGUGGUGGCUGCGAGGGAGCGGAUGAGGAUCUCAUCGAUGAGCUCGACCUUGACGAGUUGACGCUUGAGGAGAAGGAGGAACUGGGCUUGGUGAAGCCAGGAGACAAAGACGGAAAGGCGUCCAGAUCAGGAGCGGAUUAUGGCCCCAGGGAGGUUGACGACAACACCAAGCGGCGGUUGGAUGCAGUUGAAGAGUUUUACAAGGAGGCGCUGCCGCAGCUCCAGUCUGUGGUUGUGGUGUUGCUGAAGCAGGUACUGGCCAUUGCUAGUAACAUGGUUAUUGCCAGUCCUAAUGGGCAGCAACAGGGUGGUGGUCCACCUGCCGGCCGGGCUAAUGGGCCGAGCCAGGCGCCUGGGCCUAAUGGGGCCGGCGGGAAGGGACCUGAUCCGGGUUCGCCCUCAGAUGCAGAUGUGGAUGAGAUGAGGAAUCGGGAAAUUGCUGCCAAGGCUGCCACGGGUAUCCUGAUCCUGUUGUUGAAGUGGCUGAAGCUCUCUCACGUUCUAAAGUUCGAGUACUUGACACAGCUCCUGUUGGAUUCUUGUUACAUUCCGCUGGUACUCAAGUUGUUUGCUGUCCACGACGUACAGCAGGUUGUGGAAAAUAAACUUGAUCGUCUCGAGCAUAGCUUCUUCUACUUUUGCGGCUCUCGGGCUGGCGUGAUACCCCAUCCGGGCAUGCCUAACCCUACAGCUACAGAAUUCGAGGAUGUCGAGGAAGUCAGUGAGGAAGAGGACGACGCGGCCCCCCCCCCCAUCAAACGUCGUCGAUCACCAACAACCACACCUGAUCAGCAAGGAGCGUCCCAAGACGCACAGCAAUCGUUUGAUGCACAACAGCAACAAGCACCCCCCACGCGCCCAGAAGUUGACGAGCUCGGCUACCCCGUCAACCCUCUCCCCAGCGAGCCCAUCACGGACUUUUCGCGGCGAAACUUCUUUUGCCUGAUCAACUAUCUACGAAUCAUGCAAAAGAUCUGCAAGAACAAGGCCCACCGGAACUUGCUGCUGGUGCAGUACAAGUCAUCCCCCAUCCUCCGCAAGACCCUGAAGGUUCCCCAGCAGGAACUACGGCUGUACACCCUCAAGCUCUUCAAAAACCAAGUCCCCUACUGCGGCCGCAAGUGGCGGCAGUCAAACAUGCGGGUAAUCACGGCGGUUUACCUUUACUGCCGCCCAGAACUGCGAGACGAAUGGCUGGCCGGCUCGGAUAUCGACGCAGAGGUUGAGGAAGCCCUUCCGCUCGAGCAGGCCCUGCGCAGUCUGACGCACUGGUUCAACGUGAGGAAGUACCCGGAGACGAUGGCGGUUUAUGACCGGGAAAAGGGGAAGAGGGUGAUAAUGGAGAAGAUUGAGCGGUCAUUCUUUAUGAGGGAGAUGGAGAAGCUUGAUCCGGGAGGGGGAUUGGGGUUGGGGUUUGGGUUUGGGGGGGAUGGGUUGAUGAUGGGGCCGGAGAUGAUGAUGAUGGGGGAUGAGCAGAUGGGUUAUGGUUAUAUGCUGCAGCAGGCGCAGAUGCAGAGGGAGUUGCAGCAGCAGCAGAGUUAUCAGCAGAUGAUGCAUGCGCAUCAGCAGCAGCAGUAUCAGGGACAGGGGCAGGGACAGCAGCAGCAGCAGCAGCAGAGUGGAGGGUGGGAGGGGGAGGGGGGACAACCCGGACAGGGGCAGGCUUGGGGGAUGUCUUAGGGGAGAAAGAGUGUGUAUAGGCGGAUGAUGGGGUCAGAUGAUGGGUAGUUCCUAGGCUGUCAGCGGUAGCUUUUUGAUGGAAGAAGAGCGACUAAUUUGAUGGGAUUCAUCAUCAACUUUGAUCCAAUAUUAUAGUUGUGCCGG